GCCAGGCCCCGCUCCCCCCACGACGAGCGGGCGCUCGCGGCGAAGAUGGCAGAAGGGUGCUGAGCUUCGCGCCGCCGCCCCUUUCCAUCUCCCCCAUCCUCCCCAAUCUCCUCCGCAACCCGCACUUGUUGGCCGCCUCCGCCGGAGGAGAGCGGGUUAUCCCUGCCCACCCCGCGUCCCUGAAGGGAGGGCAGCGCCGGCGCCUCCGCGGAGGCGUGUGUGAUGGUGCGGGCAUGGCGGGGCAGCCGGCGGCCGCGACACUGCUGAGGCGGGGGGCGGCUGGUCCCGGCCCCGGCGGCGGCAGCAGCAGCAGCCACAGCCAGUGGGGGCUGCCUCUCUCUCCCGCCAACCAGGCGGCCGCCUCCUCCCGCCCCGGCUGGCGCUGAGGGAAGGAGGGAGCGUCUCGCCGUGCCGUGCCGCCUCGCCCCCCACCGCCGCCAUGCUACCCGGGGUGGGGGUGUUCGGCACCGGCCUGACGGCGCGGGUGAUCGUGCCGCUGCUGAAGGCGGAGGGCUUCGCCGUGAAGGCGCUGUGGGGCCGCACGCCCGAGGAGGCGGAGGAGCUCGCCAAGGAGAUGAGCGUCCCCUUCUAUACCAGCCGCAUCGACGAGGUGCUGCUGCACCAGGACGUCGACUUGGUCUGCGUCAACUUACCGCCGCCGCUCACCCGGCAGGUCGCCGUCAAGACCCUGGGCAUUGGAAAAAAUGUCAUCUGUGACCGAACGGCGACUCCCCUGGAUGCCUUUAGGAUGAUGACUGCAGCUCAUUAUUACCCAAAGCUCAUGAGCAUCAUGGGGAAUGUUUUGCGCUUCCUGCCUGCUUUUGUGAAGAUGAAGCAGAUGAUCCAGGAGGGUUAUGUAGGGGAGCUGCUGGUGUGUGAGGUCCAGGUUCACAGUGGAAGCCUGCUAGGCAAGAAGUACAACUGGAGCUGUGAUGACCUGAUGGGAGGUGGGGGCUUGCACUCAGUUGGCACCUACAUCAUCGACCUCCUGACUUUUCUCACCAGCCAGAAGGCUGUGAAAGUACAUGGGUUGCUCAAGACCUUUGUGAAGCAGACAGACCACAUCAAGGGGAUACGGCAGAUCACCAGCGAUGACUUCUGUACGUUUCAGAUGGUCUUGGAAGGUGGUGUGUGCUGCACGGUGACGCUCAACUUCAAUGUCCCUGGGGAGUUCAAACAAGACAUUAUUGUGGUGGGUUCAGCAGGACGGCUGAUUGUAAUAGGCACUGAUCUCUAUGGACAAAGCAACAGCUCUCCUCAGCGGGAGCUCCUGCUAAAGGACUCCACACCAGUCAGCAACUCCUUACUUCCAGAGAAAGCCUUCAGUGACAUCCCAUCCCCCUACCUCCGGGGCACCAUUAAGAUGGUUCAAGCUGUCCGGCAGGCAUUUGAGGACCAGGAUGACAGGAGGACCUGGGAUGGGAGGCCCCUUACAAUGGCUGCCACUUUUGAUGACUGUCUGUAUGCCCUGUGUGUGGUGGACACCAUUAAAAAGUCUAACCAGUUGGGAGAGUGGCAGAACAUUUCAAUCAUGACGGAGGAGCCAGAACUGAGCCCAGCAUACUUAAUCAGUGAAGCCAUGCGGAAGAGCAGGAUGUCUCUGUACUGCUAGCUCUUCUCAGCUCCUAGGCAAAAAUAGGAACCAGACAGCUCUUGAAGGAAAUGGUAAUUCAGCCCCUGUGAAGGGCUUGGGCAUUUCAGAAACAGCUGAGGAUACAGGAGAAGGAAAUACAGUGUUUGGAUCAAGUAAAUCUGUUGGUGGCUAAAUAUCAAAGUGUCCUCAGAAAUGCCCCAAACAGGUAGGAGACUUAAGAGCUGACAAAACUGUUUUAAUAACAGUAUUAUCUGGCUAAUUGAAAAGAUAAAUCAUGGACUCAUCUCCUGCUUGCAGGUGCUUUAGAUUAUCCAAUAGUGUUUACUGUGAAAGGCUGGGAAGAUCCUUUUAGAUUUUCCUAACCCACCAGAGGGCUGUGAAGGUACUGUCAUGUCGUUCAAUUUUCUGUACUGUCUGACAUGAAUGGUUCCUAUCGCAACAGCUGAGGCCCCAGUGCUGUAGUGCUACACCUCUAACCAACACACGGAGUAAUAGAGUUGGUGUGAAAGUGUUGCGUGAUAUGGAAAAUCUUGGCAGCUCACUUUUCGUAUACGUUGGUAGGAGCUUCUCUGUGUUGGCUUAGCUAGUUGUUCUUUGGGUUUGUUUUUAUUUUAAAGCACAAUUUAGUAGGAAAAUGUAUAGCUUUUAAAACAAAGUGGUCCUCAACCACAGUGUGUAUGCAGGGAGGGUCUUCCCUGAGCUCCUGGUAAGCUUCAGUGUUAACUGCACAGGUUUGCUGAUUAAAAUAGGUUGUGCAAAACCUUUGUGGAUGGCAAGUGGCAUGAUACAAUAGUGAUCAUGGGGUUUAUUCUACAGCUGAACUCAGGCUAUUCAUAUGAAGGUUUACAUGUGAUUUCCUGUGUCUGGGACUUCUGAGUGAAUUCAUUAUGCAUUUGGUUAGGUGGAAACCAGUGGAAAUUCAACCCAAAAUGUGAUGCUGAGAGAGGGGUGGUGUUCUUUUAAACCUUUGUGAACUCACACUUGAUAGAUGCACAGCUUAAUUUCAUAUAGCUCAGCCCAGAAGCUUUCCCCUCCACCAUGGGGUGAUUGUGAGUGAAAACCAAAAGUUGUAAGAAAAUCUCCCAUCCAUUUCCAGGGUCAAAAUUACCUAGGACCCCCCCAUCCCUUCACAUCCUUAAAGUGACCAACUACUGGUACUGUGGUAAAUGUUCCCUGUCAUUAGUGCAGGGGUGGGUAAACUCUUGAUAUGUUUGUCCUGUUGUCUUUAAUACUUUAAAUUGCAGUCUUGAAAUAAUCUUUCGAGGAUAUAUUCUUGAAAGAAUACAGUAAAGGCACACAAAAUAUCUGAGGAAAGAGAGAUCCUGCAUAAAGCUGCUCCACUGCUUAUGUGUUUACAAUGCUAGGUCCUCAGAUAGGAAAAAACGUGGAACAUAAGCAAAUAGCACUAAAUGAUAUUAAACUUGAGAGAAACCUUUUGACUAGGACAUAGAAGAGAAUGGUCGGUUGAGCUGUAAAUGAAAAGAGAUAAAUAUGACCCUCUUUCUCAAGGCCAUCACAUUAGUGUUGCCAUUUUAGGUUAGAAAGAGAAAUGUCAGAAUAAUUUAGAUAUUUUUAAAAAGCACUUAAGAGUUUUGCUAUUUUUAGGAGCACUAAGGGCUUCUCUAGGGCUUCUCCUACAAAUUGCUUCCUCUGAUUGCUGUGUGCUCCUGCCUGUCCUAUGCCCCAUUUUAGAGUUUCAUUUUCUUUGAGCUUGAGGGCAUCAAUAAGUGUAGUUCUUCUCAUCUGACUUCAGCCAGCUGAAACUCAAGUGUCUUGUCCAGAUCAGCUGUGCAAGGACACAGUAGUCAAUACAGAGAGAGCUCUCCAAAGGCUAACUCAGUUCAUCCCACAGUUAAGGAGAAACCCUCUGGAAAUUCCUGCCCUCCUCCUUCACAGAGAAUCUUGGCUUCUACAUUUUUAGGUGGCUAAAGUUAGAAAACUUGGGAGUUAGAAAACUCCCCAGCCCAAAAUAAUUCAUCUGUACUUAUUUUUUUAGGAGCAUCUGUGUAUCCUUUCAUGAAAUGUUCCCCAAGGUAGGACAGUGUGACCGGUGAAGGAACAGUGUAAUACUGCAAACUCACACCCAAACAGAAUUCUCUCCAUGCUGUUCUACCAUUUCUAACAACUGUCUCUGGGGCUGACAGCUUUUGCUAAGACCUUGGGCAGGCUUUGGAUGUUUUUCCUAAAAAAUGAUUUCUCUGAUAGUUCCUGAGGCAGUAGCUGUGCCAACAGGAUUUUCCCAUUAUAACUGUCAUGGUACAGCAUGCUAUCCAGCUCCUGCCAUGAAAAUUACACAGUGGAAUACAGAAGAGAGAAUUUGAGCGACAAAUUGUCUAUCUCUGCCCUGAAAAAAAUGGAAUGAAAGUUUUCAUAUAGUACAGUAAAAGCCAUUUAUUGAAAGUAGCAGCUACUUCAAGUCAUGAACACAACCCUGGUGGAUAAUUAACUGUGUCUAGUUAAACAUCAUCCAAAAUGGACCAAAAUAUUUGUGAGUUUCCCUUCUUAGUGGUUUGACCAUUGCACCAGAAUUGUUGUUCAUGUCUUUGCACCUCUUUUUGGUUCACAAAUGUUGACAGUUUUUCCUGUCUGUAUUUUCUUUUUUUUAAUGUGUCUUUCUGAGUUUUGCAAGGCCAGCUAGAAAAAUAGAUGCUAGAAUCCUGUUCCCUGCCCCUGCAGUGAUCAGUCCCCAGAUGAGACAUUGACUGUAGGGAUAGUACUACUGAGCUCAACCUUUCUGUCCCAGAUCCAAAGGUAUAGGUGACAGGAAUGAUCCUUCUUCUACGUAGACUUACUGAUGCAGAUAGUGCUGCUUAACAGAAAGAAAAUCUACUGCUUUGGUUACAUGGUUGAAUGCUACUGCUAGUACUGGCUUGCAAAUGCAUUGGAUCCUAUACAUCUUACUGUACAACUGCAGUGGUGACCCCAGAAAGGCAGGCAGAAGGAGCAAGUGGCAGGGUGGGACCACCUCUUUUUAUAGCAACAUUGAUCUUAUACUAGAUUUAGGUAACGAUGUUACCCAUCUGGGUUGGCAUCAGUAACUGCAUACGUUCAGGAUUGUGUGACAGUUUUUCCAUUCUCUAGGAGGUGAAGGUGCUGUAGUGUCAAGUGUAAAGAUAUUCAACUUCCAUCCAGCUUAGUGGAGGAAGGAGUUGGUUUAUUUAUAGAAUGUGUAUUGCUAUUCUGAUUGUUACUCUACAGCCUGGGAUCUUUCUUGGCAGCAUCGAGCCCUCUGCUCUUUUGGUACAAUUGGAUAUAGAUUGAAUUGCCCUCAGUAGACUUUGGAGUUCAGACUGUUAAGGAUUUGGGCAGCACAUAGCAGAGAUGUACUUGACUGAACUCAAAAGCGGUACCACACCAGGAACCUUACAUUUGGAAUUGCACUUUUAAUGCUGUUCUUUAAUGCUGUGCCACAAGAUUUGAGAUGAAUGCUGCUAGCAUUGGUACAGGCCUGAUAGCCAAACUGUGGCUACUGCUGGCAUUUACAGUAGCCCUCAAACAAGCUUGUCUAUACAUUAGGUAAGAAAUGUUCAUUCAUCUUUCUUAGGGCUGUUGUUGAAGGAGCUCUUUCCUUUGCCAUCAGCCUGUGCACAUAGGAUACUGAAUAUUAUGGUCUGUUGCCAAAGACAAGAGCCAAAGGGGAGAGUCCAGGUGAAAUGCUCUCCUGCUCUGCAGGGUCUGUUCCAAUGCUGAGGUGGUCAGCUGAGAGGCAAGGUCUUAUUUUCCAUGGGAGUUGCAUUGGGGUCCACACUGGGGGUAGGGCAACCCUAUGCUGUGUGACAGCAGGGUACAAUUAAAGUCCUUCCACAUGCCCAAAAGGAGAUUGGUGACUACAGCAGGGAGUGCUGCAGGUCUGCCUGCAGUCUGGUGUCUGCACCAACAGGGACAAUGUGCUGUGAUGUGGAGGGUGAGAGCUGCACCUCCUGUGGGUGACAACAGCAGCCUAGCUUCACCCAUGUUUGGAAGCCCAAGAAGUGACCCUGCCCUAAGGGGAGCAGCAUCCGUCCUGUACACCACCUAGAUAGAUCUGUGCACGAUCUCAGUGCUGAACCUAUGUGGAGGAAGAACUCUGCAAGAGCUUGGGGUUUCCUAUAUCUAAUAUCAUGCAUGUGUUAAAUUAGUAGUACUUUAGCUGCGUAGUUAGAAAAUACCAAGUAGAGAGGGUAUGUCCUUACCCAUGCAGCCAAAUUGGCAGAGAAUCAGGGCAUGUGUAGGCAAGUUUAGGCUCAGGAUGGACUGCUGUGGAGUUCAUCCUUUGCUUUGGCUGAAAGCAUGAGAA